GACGUCCUCCUCACUCUCUCCUCUUCCUCCUCUACGUAUCGGAUCCCGUAACUGAUGAAACCUAUGGCUCCGAGGGUCCUCUGUCUGGGCAUUUUCCUGCUUGGAGUCUGGCAGAGCCAGGCCUGGAUCUCAACUGAGAACUUGGUCCCUGCCCCGAAUCUGAGCAGGGUUCCCCUGCAGCCAAACUUUCAGAAUGAUCAGUUCCAGGGGAGAUGGUAUGUUGUGGGCCUGGCAGGCAAUGCGAUCCAGAAAAAAGAAGGCAGCCAAUUUAUGAUGUACACCACCACCUACGACCUACAAAGGGACAAUAGCUACAACGUCACCUCCAUCCUGAUCAGGGGCCAGGACUGUGACUACUGGACCAGAACUUUUGUUCCAAGCUCCAAGCCUGGCCAGUUCACCCUGGGAAACAUGCAGCGUUACCCUGGGUUACAAAGUUACACUGUACGAGUGGCCACUACCGACUACAACCAGUUUGCUAUGGUAUUUUUCCAGAAGACUUCUGAAAACAAGCAAUACUUCAAAAUUACCCUGUACGGUGAGUUCUCACCUGACCCUUAG